AUGGUAACCAAUGGGAAUAAAGCCAAAAGAACUGCUGCAUCCUUCGAACGGGCGAUUGAUAACUGGCACCGCAGAAGCAGCUUUCGACUGACAACUCUCUUUGCUUUCGUUGAAUUUGCUGUUGGAGAUGAAAAAGAGUUGACAGUGACUGUUGGAGGUGUUGAAACACUUAGCUGCUUAAUCUCUAGGCAGCUUCCGUAUGAUCGCCCUGUGAGCUGGUACUGGACAGCGAUGUACCCAGAAUGUAGUGGCUCCACUGGUGGAAAGAUACUGGACAUUUAUCCUGAUGGAAGAACAGUAUUUGAAGAGGAGUUCAAGGGACGAGUGCUGGUAUACCGAUCAAGAGUUAAGAAGGGCGAUUAUUCAAUCACUAUCAGGGGAAUAAAGAUACCUGACUCGGGGGAAUUCAUCUGUGCCCAUGAAUAUCUCUCUGAUGAGAAGAAAGUGAGACUAAUAGUGAAACCAGGGUGCUGGUCUAAUCUAUAUCUGACUGUGGAACCACCCGUUGCAUCAAUUGGAGACAAAGUUACAUUAACCUGUACGUAUUGUGGAACGAAAUUGGUAACGCCCCGAAUAAAAUGGCAAUAUGAUGGAUUAGCAGUAUCAGACACUGGAGUUGUCAGCAUUACCAAUGGUGGACACUCCCUUGUUAUUUCUCAUGUGGAUCAGGAGCACUUGAAGAAAUAUGGAUGCAGUAUGGCCAAGAAAGAAUCUAUUGUGACCGAAAUAUGCCUGAACAUAGAAACUGAUUUUCUAGAUACCACUAUGUUUGCUGGAGAUUAUGAUUACCCAGUGAGUACACUGAUUUCUACUACCACUUCUGUAUCCACAACAACAUCAACGACCCAAGAGAUCACUACUACCAUGACACCAGCACCGGAGACCACAAAUGCCUCAUUGAAUAUGUGGAGUGAUUUAGAGUGGAUGCAGGACACCUCUCCAGUCACUAGCCCGAAAAUACAAAGUUCCCCCACCACAAUAAUGGAUACAAUAGUAACCACUGAGACAGCAGAUCCGUGGAACGAGGACGUGAUUCCCGAUCAGCUGGGAUCCACUGAAAAGCUCUGCCCAGUCACAGUCAACAAUGGACGGAGUCAGUUUCCAACAUACAUGUGCAUCAUCCUUGGUGGAAUUCUCCUGCUUAUAAUCAUCACAUUCAUUUGCAAACGAUGCAGAGGAAACUGUAAAUUUGGAACUCAUGAUGUGGAACAUAACGCAAGUAACCCAAAUGACGAUGUCCCAAGUUCAGAGGUACCUGAAGCUCGAGAUGCUGUUCAAAUGCAGUCAGAGAAUGAUGACAAUGACGCAAAGGGAUCCACAGAUGGAAUGAAUGGAAUGCAAGAACCCAACAAGAAUGAAGAUGAAGAUGAAAAUACAAGUCCAAUAGAGAUGAAAGAACCUGAUGUGGAAGACUCCAGUCACAUAGAGGAAUCAGAAGACGGAAAAUUGCAAGGAGACCAGCAAUAAAUGAAUUCUUUAUCUGAGGCUUAAAUCAAUUGUAUCCCAGGAUACACAACAGCAAUAUGUGUUAAUUCACUGCCAGUGUGGCACUUGCUGAAGAAUAGCCAAUGAAUAUCAAUCCCAAGGUCAUUUAACUAAAUGUUCUGCGCUUUCUGUAACCGUUAACUGUUCUAACUUCCAAUAAAAAUUAUUUGCUCCUUAAAAUUUUACAGUUAUAGGAACAGGACAAUAAGAUCAUAUUAUAUAAUAUUUUACAGAAAGCAACUUGACAUGAUUGUUUGUUCCUUGUUUGGUUGAAUGUGAUGUGCUAUUAGAGAUACCUUAUUCAUGCUUCUAUUAAUAAAUUACUUACAAUAAGCUCAUUUCUUGGCUCAAGAUUUUAAAAAAAAUUUGGAUGUAUUUUGUACAGUUAUAUGAUGGAUGAUUGAAUAUUCCAAAUGGCAGGCCAGCGCAGGUAUAGUUCAAAGUAAUAGGAUGCUGAACUGUACCUCCAUUACUCAUAAAAUAAAGCACAAUAAUAAAUCAACACACCCUCCUCCUCCUACUUUCAAAUCUCUUACUAUCUUUCCUUUCAGUUAGUCCUGACGAAGGGUCUCGGCCCGAAACGUCAACAGCACUUCUCCCUAUAGAUGCUGCCUGACCUGCUGCGUUCUACCAGCAUGUUGUGUGUGUUGCUUGAAUUUCCAGCAUCUGCAAAUUUCCUCACAUUGGCCACAAUAUUUAAUGUUGAUUUUAUCUGAACAAAGGCUAAACACACCAUAAAAAGGACUAACAAACUGGAGGAAACAGUAUAGCAGCACCAGUAAAUAACAACUGGAACUAUUAUCUGAAUCUUUCCAUUUUUUUGUCAUCCAACCAACAUCAUGAUUUACUGGUGAUGUUCACUGCUAAGAACUUGAAGCUCUUAACCUCAAGACCGUUGAGGUGGACAGGAGUAUGUCCACUGCCACUGUUCCUGAAGUUAAUGAAAUGUUGUCAGUCAUGACAGAUGUCACUAAACUCCCUAUCUCGUUCCUCUACUAUGACUCAUCGUUAUUUGAAAUACAGAAUUAUCAUUUGAAAAUUUGUAGAAGGAGUUAGAGCAGAAUCUGGCUAUGCAGUCAUUAGUGUACAGGAAGCAGAGUAAGGAACUGAAGACACAACCUUGUGGAACACCAUUGUUUAGAAUAAUUGUGGCGGAAGUGUUGCUGCCUAUGCUUACUGAUUGCAGUCUAUCGAUAAGGAAGUCAAGGUUCCAUUUGUCAAGGGAGGUGUUGAUUCCCAGGUCCAAAGAUUGCAUUGAUAUCUUACACAUAGAACCUUAUGGUUUGAAGGACAAUCAUUCCAGCCCUAGGACAAUACAUUUUCAGGGUAGUAUCCCCAAGCCCAAACAUCUUCAUCUGCUUUAUCAAAGACCUUUCCUCCAUUAAAAAGUCAACUGUUUGCUGAUGAUUGUACAAUGCUGAAUUCCUAUUUCUCAGCAACUGAGAGGGUCCCUGCCUGCAUGCAGCAAAACUCUUGGGCACUGGUUGGUAAGCAGCCAAUGGCACUGCACCACAAGAGACUGGCAAUGUGUAUCUCUCACUGAAUGAGAGAACAUAAUCCUUGCAUUCAAUGGCAUUAGCCUUGUCAUAUCACCCAUUAACAUCAUUGACUAGAAACUCUUCUGGAGCAGACCCAUACAUAUCAUGGCCAAAAGAGGAGGCACAGACUACAUCUAAUGGGUUGGAAGUUGUGAAAGGGUGGAGUAACUCAUCCCCCAAAUUAGAAAUCAAUUUUACUGUCCAACACCUUACACCAGUCAGGUGUGUGAAGGAACGGUCUCCAUGUGAUUGGAAAACCGCUGCUCCCAACAACUCUCAAGAACUAUUAAAUCACCAAGACAAAUCAGACUGUAUCCUAUCCAUAAUGUAGUGCCAUGAAAUGCCCUAAUGCAGCAUGUGCACACAACAAUUGCAGCUUAGAGGCUGAGAUCUGAGCCAUCAUUGACUCAUUCUUGAAAAUAUACAAGAACAAAGAUCUUGCACUCAACUUCUACAAGACAAAUAUCUUCUCCUAACUGCCCUCACUUCACAGCUAACAUUGUCCUUCAACAAUAUAUGUUAAUGGCAGGACCCUGGAGUUUGUGGAUUAGGUAUACUGUUAAAUGUUAUGAAAAUGUACAAUAGCUAGAAUGUUACAACAUGAGGAACUGCAGGUUUGCUAUAGUCCUGAUGAGAUCACACAUGCACUGUACAAUUCAAGAAUAGUAUAUGGGCUCUGGAGAAAUGCACCAGAGAUUUACCAUAUACUUUAGAAUCAGAAAGUUAUUAACCUUUCUUACACAUUGUGAAAUUUAGUGCAACAAAUAAAAAAUUGCUAUAAAUUACAAAUAUAAUUUAAAAAAAUAGUGCAAAAAGAGAGGAAAAAAUGAAGUGGUGCUCAUGGGUUCAUGGACCAUUCAGGAAUCUGAUGGCAGAGAGGAAAAACUGUUCCUAAAAUGUUGUGUGUGUGUCUUCAAGCUCCUGUAUCUCCUCCUUGAUUGAAGUACUGAAGGCAUGUACUGGAUGGUGAGGGUCCCUAAUGAUCAAUGAUGUUUUCUUCAGGCAUUGC